GAAAAUUCAACGUGUUCACAACGUAACACAACACAACAACUGUAGCAUAAUAGCGCUCUGUAAACGGUCUGAGAGAAGAUAAUAAACUGAAAGUACGUCAAUAAAAGACGAAAGAGCGAGUGAGUAAUUGUACCUGGUUUAAAUUGGUAUUGUUUCAUUCGGGGCGGAAUUGUGCUGAAGAAGUGAAAACUGAAUAUUUUGUGAGUUUGUAGACGAUCGGUGAUGGUCAUACAGUGAAAUUAGUUUGCACGAAGCAGUUGAAGUGAACAGAACAUAGAUUUAAAUACUAUAGUUUCAAUUGUUGAUUUGACCGCGGAUCAAAGAACCGAAAAGUGAAGAAAAAGUAUAUGAUAAUAAAUGAAAUAAAAAAAGAGUAUUUCAUAGAGAAGAACCGAGUGAAAAGCAAAUAUAUAAACAUACAUACAGUAAAAACAGUUCGACAGAAGAACAUUAAACUGUAAACAGUGCAUUGUGAACAGUUAUUUAACAUUGUUGUGCAAAUAUUUAAGAAAAACCGUGCAAAAUAAAAAAUAAAUAAAUCAAAUGACGACAUUGUCUUCUCAUCCCAGUUAUGGUUUUCACCUGAGCCAGGGCUUAGAUGUACACACACCAGGUGACUAUGCCUCCCAAAGUACACUCAGCCCCACUGAAAUGGACAUAAAGCGCGUGAUGCACUUUUCACAAACUGGUGGAUUAGCGGCUAUCACCGCCGCAAUGGGCGGCUCACCUGUGGGUGGACACGCUGCCAGCAAUGGCAACUCCAUUAUGGGCACAGCCAGCAUGGGCCAUAUUAGCGGUGGCAGUGUUGGCGUAAGUGGCAAUCUUAAUGGUUUACAUCAUUUGGCCGGAGGCAAUCACAUGCAAACUUCCGUCGGCCAUCAAACUCUAUCGCCAAACUCAUCCAUUGGUUCUGCAGGAAGUAUGGGUAGCCAGGGUUCACUCGGUUCCUUAGGACAUGGACAAGGCCAUAAUGCAGGCGUUAGUAGUAACGGCGGCAAUAGUCUUCACCAUCAUUCCACAUCUCCGGGCCAGGAAGGUCACAUUAAACGCCCAAUGAAUGCUUUCAUGGUUUGGUCUCGUUUACAGCGACGGCAAAUAGCAAAGGACAAUCCGAAAAUGCACAAUUCGGAGAUUUCAAAACGUCUUGGGGCCGAGUGGAAAUUGCUAGCCGAAUCAGAGAAACGUCCUUUCAUCGACGAAGCCAAGCGUCUGCGCGCUCUUCACAUGAAAGAACAUCCAGACUACAAAUAUCGCCCACGUCGUAAGCCAAAAAAUCCACUCGCUGGCGGACCUCAAGCACUUCAAAUGCAAGCCGCGCAUAACCAACAAAAGUUGGGUGGCUGUUCAGGCGGAGCUGGCCCUGGUGCCUAUAACCCAUUCCACCAAUUACCAUAUUUCGCGCCUCCUCACCAUCUCGAUCAAGCCUAUCCAGUGCCGUACUUCAGCGGCUUUGAUCCACUCGCUUUAUCGAAAUUGCAUCAAACACAGGCUGCCGCCGCAGUAGCAGCAACAAACCAAUCUCACAACGUACUUGAAGCCCAAAAAGCACCACAGAUGCCACCAACGACACUUAGUAGUUUCUAUUCGGGCAUCUACCCUGGCAUGACAGCGCCUUCAUUAUAUGCCGCACGCUCGGCUAACGCUGCAGCGGCGGGACUCUACAACUCAUCGUCGACAUCUUCCCCAGACUCCUCCCCCGGCACCAUGACACCGAAUGGCAUGGAAUCUUCAGUUUCAUCAGCGAUGGAUAAUGCGCUUAGGCGACCGGUACCGGUGCUGUAUUAAAUUAUAAACAAAAACAAUUUAGAGUAGAGAGUACAAUUAAAGUUUUAUUCGCUUUGUUAAAAUCAAGAACUAUUACCUCGAGUGUCCCGUAGUUGAUUCAUAUUCGUAAGUAAGUGAGUAUUACAGUGCAGAACUGUAGUAUGUAUUGACCAAAUACCAACUAAAUAUGUAUUCUUUAUGAGUAUUCACACACAAGAUUCCUUUGUCAAGUUAUCAUGUGAUUUUAAAUUAGCAAAGAAAACAAAAAAAUAAUUAACUUUAUUAUUAAUACAAUUUUUAUGGUAGUGUAAUUAGAACAAUAAGUAAAGCAUAUUUAUGAGCCAUCUAAUGAAUUGUACAUGAAGAAGUUUUUUGGUAGUGUGUAACUUUCAUAAAGCUCCUCGAAAAACCAUACCGUGAAUAAAUUAUAAACAUACCAAAUUUUUUGACAAUUUAUAAGUGUUAAAGACACCAGCGAAACUUAAAUAAGCUAUCAUUUAAUAGGUACACGCAUUGGUUUAAAAAUCAUUAUACCCGCGGGCACUUCUUUCCCAAUGCUCGCACAACAAUUCAUGUAUGAUAAUAGCAUAAAGGAAUCGAGAUUAAUAUAGAAAUCUACUAUAGAUAUUUACCAAAAGGCUCAGAAUGAUGAAAUGAGUCGACUUAAUCAUGUCUGUGCAUCCAUCUGUCUGUCUGACCGUCUGUCCGAUCGUCCAUACAUUCGAUAACUCGAGAAAAAGUUAAUGUAA